AUGGGCCGUACCAUGUUGCACAUCAUCUAUGAUGAAGAUUAUAAAUGUGACUGCUUUCUUAAGCAAGGUUACGCCCCGCACUGCCUGCCUCCGAGCAGCUACGAUGCCGACCAGAAGCCGGGCCUGGAGCUGGCGCCGGCAGAGCCCGCGUACCCGCCGGCGGCGCCGGAGGAAUACAGCGACCCCGAGAGCCCGCAGUCGAGCCUGUCGGCGCGCUACUUCCGCGGGGAGGCGGCCGUGACCGACAGUUACUCCAUGGACGCCUUCUUCAUCUCGGACGGGCGCUCGCGGCGGCGCCGGGGCGGGGGCGGCGGGGACGCGGGCGGCGCCGGGGGCGGCGGCGGUGGCGGCGCCGGGGGGCGCGCGGGGCGCACGGGGGCGUCGGCGGGCGGCGGGCACCGGCACGCGUGCGCCGAGUGCGGCAAGACGUACGCCACGUCGUCGAACCUGAGCCGCCACAAGCAGACGCACCGCAGCCUGGACAGCCAGCUGGCGCGCAAGUGCCCGACGUGCGGCAAGGCGUACGUGUCCAUGCCCGCGCUCGCCAUGCACGUGCUGACGCACAACCUGCGCCACAAGUGCGGCGUGUGCGGCAAGGCCUUCUCGCGGCCCUGGCUGCUGCAGGGCCACAUGCGCUCGCACACGGGCGAGAAGCCGUUCGGCUGCGCGCACUGCGGCAAGGCCUUCGCCGACCGCUCCAACCUGCGCGCGCACAUGCAGACGCACUCGGCGUUCAAGCACUACCGCUGCCGCCAGUGCGACAAGAGCUUCGCGCUCAAGUCCUACCUCCACAAGCACUGCGAGGCUGCCUGCGUCAAGGGCGCCGAGCCGCCCCCGCCGCCCCCCGCCGGCGCGGCCAGCUGAGCCUGCCGCCUGGCCCGCGCGCCGCGUGCCCCGGGCUCCCCACCACCUGCGCCCGCAGCGCCCUCUCCAGCCCCAGCUGCAGUCCCCUGUCCACGCUGCCCGUGGGCACCCCCAGCCCAGCCCAGAAUUCACAUCUCACUUCCGGCACUGUCUGCCCCCGCGCCCCAUGACCCACGCCGUCCUUUCCGGCUACCGCUCGGACCUCCACCUCCUGUCCAAGGCCUUCAAGGCUCCCAACUCAGGCACCAGGUCCGCACCUCUCCCAAGCCCCGGAGCCGGAAGUUUCUCUCGCCCAGACCCUGCGCCGCCUCACUUCUGCCCUUCUUUCUCUUCUCAGCGGAGGCGCAGACCUUCCCUUGACCCCCAGGCCAACCUCGGUGUACCCACCCGCCCCUGGCAGCCCUCAGACCCCAGUCCAACCCCAAACCAUUCUCUGGCCUCUCGGCUGGGUCUCCCUAUAUGUGCCCCUCUGCGAGUCGGAUCUCCCGGUCUGCCCUGAACCCGUCCGUGCCAUUCACAGCCCUCGCCUCACACGCGCACGCACCACACACGCCCGCUCCACUCGCCAGGCCCCGGGGUUCUCAUCGCUCGCUCCCAGAUCCCCUCCUCCCUAGCAGACCUAACCUCUGAGUUUCCCCGACAGAGAGCGGGCUCGGGGCCUCGCCCCUAAGGUAAGCCCCUCUCUCGGGGGUCUCCAGCCUCCAGCUGCCCUCCCCCGGGGCCUCUGCGCACUUUCCCCAUCCCAGGACUCCAGUACUGGCCGAAGUCUGGAGGCCUCACCCGCGCCCUUCCCCCGGUCCAGCUGGGCCCUCCUCGUUAUUUAUUUGCGUAUUUAUGUAUUUAUUUAUUUAUGAGUCUAUUUAAUCUCUCGGUCUCCCCCAGGGACAGACUGGCUUCCCCAGCUGGACUGGUGGAUCAGGAAGCCAGGCACGGAGAGGGACGAAGGCCAUAGAGGACUCCCCCUGCCACACACACACCCACACACACACACACACCCACACACACACUCUCUGUCUCUGGUCUCAGGGGAACCCUCGCCCCAGAGCCUUGCUAAGGAAGGGGACACUAGAACAGGAGGCGUGGUCUGCUGACCCUCAACCAGGGCGGCGCAGCGACCUCAGGAGGUCCUGUCGUGGGGCAGGUCCCCACCCUCCUGAGCCCUCCGCUCGGCUCCAGGGAGCUGGGAGAGGGGGAUCCUCGUUUGUUUCCUGUUUUUUCCUCUUGUCCAGGACCCCAGGUUCCAGGGACCGACUGAGCCCCGGACCCCACUGGGGCCUCUGGCCCGCGCCCCGGGAGGAGCGCUCUCUCCCGGCCACGUCUAUGCAACUGGCCCCGGGCAGAGGGGCGGGGGCUGCCAGCCCCCCGCCCGUUGGCCGCCACUACCUCCUCUGCCGCAGCGCUUCCACAGGCCCGGGCGAGGAAGAAGCACACGCCUCCACGCGCACGGCCCGGCCCCUCUGCUUUAAGCACACGCCUUUGCCCCCAACCCAAGGGCAGGAGUCCAGACUCCUCCAAGGACCCUCCUCUGCCACCCCUGUCUACCAGCCACCGUGCAGACCGGAAGGGCCCUGGGGCUUCAGAGAGGUGGGUGGUCCUUUGCCCAGCCAGCUCCAGGCCCACCGGGAAAGGAGGCGGCAGGGACGGCAGGCGGGCGAGGGCUUGCAGAAGCAAUUACGGAGGGUGUUGACCCUGUAAAUAGGAACUUCUGACAGCAAUAAUUUUCCAUGCAUGCUAAGCCUUUUGGCCAUAUUUUGUAUGAGCGCUUGGCGCUCCCUUUUCCUUCCCCCAAGUCACCCCCAGACCCCCAUCCCCUCCCCACUCUCAGCAGUAUUACUUGUAACGCAAUUCAGGGAUAUUAAAGGGACUUUGGCCACUCA